UUUCCAGGUCUGAAUGUCACUGAUGAGCUCUCGCACUGCUCAUGCACUUACAUUGUUUUUUCUUUUUUUUUCUUUAUGUACAUGCUUAAUGUAAGCAGUAUCCAUUUCCUGAAGAUUAUUUACAUACUCCUGUUCUGGGCAAGUUCUGUUUUUGCUUAGGUCUUAAAAGAUGAUGUAUUUCUCAGCCCUUCUUAUAAUAUUGUCCCUGUUAUCUGUUCCAUCUGGAGUCUAUUCUGGAAAAAUUCUGGUAUAUCCAGUGGAUGGAAGCCACUGGAUUAAUAUGAAAGUUCUCAUUACAGAAUUAUAUUCAAGAGGCCACAACAUCACAGUGAUUCGCAGUUCAGACAAUAUGUAUAUUAAAGAGUCACCCUACUACAGUUACAUCACUGUUGAUAUGGGUGAAUAUAAUGAAAAAUAUUGGAAUAAUCUUUUGUCUGUGUCACUACUAAUGCAUCGUAACGAAAUAUUACCUUGGAACAAAAUCAUCUUUGGAGUGGAGGUUAUGAAAAUGUUCUCUGAGAUUCAUAAACAGAUUUGUAACAUGACCGCCAAGAUAUUUGAAAAUGAGACCUUGAUGAACUCUUUGCAGCAGGCUAACUAUGAUAUGCUUUUAGCUGACCCUGCUAUGGGAGGCGGUGUGCUACUUGCACACAAACUUGGCCUCCCUCUUGUGCUUAAUGUUCGUUGGACUGUUCUUGGAGAGAGUCAUUUUGCUAUUGCUCCAUCACCUCUGUCUUAUGUGCCUGUUCCUGGUGCAGAGCUAACAGACAAAAUGACUUUUACUCAGCGAGUGACAAAUGUGUUGAUUUAUUUCAUGACUAACUAUCAACAUUCAAACUAUUUUGGCCAUCAUUACAAGGAGUUUUGUCAGAAAUACUUUGGACCCGAUGUGGAUUACUUUUCCCUGUUUCAGAAUGCAGAUAUCUGGCUCAUGAGAAAUGAUUUUACCUUUGAAUUUCCACGACCCACAAUGCCAAACGUAGUAUAUAUGGGUGGUUUUCAGUGCAAGCCCUCAAGUCCACUUCCUGAUGAUCUAGAAAAGUUUGUCCAGAGUUCAGGUGAACAUGGGGUCAUCAUAAUGUCUUUGGGAACUCUUUUUGGGGAACUUAUAGAUGACAUUACAGAUGAGAUUGCAGCUGCCUUUGCCCAACUGCCUCAAAAGGUCAUUUGGAGACACACUGGACCUCGACCCUCUACUCUUGGCAACAACACAUUACUAGUGAACUGGAUGCCACAAAAUGACCUACUUGGACACACCAAGACUAAGGUCUUUGUAGCACAUGGAGGAACCAAUGGUAUUCAGGAGGCUAUUUAUCAUGGGGUUCCCAUUUUAGGUUUACCACUAGCAUUCGAUCAGCCUGAUAACCUGUCAAGGAUGAGAGAAAAGGGAACAGCUAAGGUUUUGGAUAUUACUAAUUUGGACAGAUCAGUAUUUUUAGAGGCAUUAAAGGAAGUGCUGUAUAAUCCAUCUUACAGAGAGAACAUGCAAAAAUUGUCUCAGCUGCAUCAUGACCAGCCCAUGAAACCCCUUGAUCGCGCAGUCUUCUGGAUUGAAUACGUUAUAAGAAAUAGAGGUGCUCCUCACCUGCGCACACAGUCUUUCAGGAUGUCUUGGAUUACCUAUCAUUCUGUGGAUGUUAUCCUUACAUUGUUGGGGGUUGUGAUGAUUAGUGGCUGGAUAAUGAUUUUGGCCCUGAGAUGUCUUUGUGUUACAUUAAUCUUCAAAAAGAAAAACAAAUGUGAAUGAUAUGUUUGUUUAAAUAAUUAUGUACCAAUGUAUAAGUUGAAAUUAGUAUAAACUAUCUACUAAGAUUUUUACUCUUUUUAAAUCUUGAUUAUCAAGCAAAUUUGUUAAAAUUUACACAACAUAGAACUGACUUCAUUGUAUUAAGGUAGAAGUAAAUAUUGCGCAAUUCAAAUUAUUCUGACAAUUUCUGAUUUCAAUAUUCUAUGCUAUCUCUGGUUGGAAUAACUUACAGAAGAAACACACUUAACACAGAGGGACUCCAUGAAACUCCAAACAGACAGUAUCCUGAACUGUGGCUCUAACAGGUGACCAUAGAUCCGUGAGAUGGCAAAAUAUUACCUCCUACAUAACUAUUUCACUCCAUAAGUGAAUAUAAAUUGUAUCAUUAUAUACCUAAUCAAUUGUUUCACAACAUAAAUGUGACAAUAAAAACAUGCAGGUUUUUAAAAAAAAUAAAGACAACACUAGGUUGGACUUUUUAAGGCAUGUAAAGCAUGUUUCUGCUCAGUUAGCUAUUCAUCAUUAAGUGCUCCAUUUGUUUACACGCUAAUUAAGCAUUCAUGAGAUCUUAUUAUUAGUUUAUGAUCAUGUUCGUGACACAAAUACUUUAUUAUAUAGGUCUAGGCUAACUAUAAACAGAUUAUACGUGUGCGUAUGAUGUAUAGGGAAUGUUGAGAAUGUCUGUAACCCCUUUUUGUGUAUAAAUGUGUUUCCCAUCAUUUACUGUAUUUUCCUUAAGUUUCAAACAAUUAAAAUGAAGAGUAUAAU